AUGAGGAUGUCCGAUCCCUCUUUUGUCAGCAUUGGGCACCCCCUGCCCGACUCUCCCAGCACCCAGGCUGUCUACAGGCCCCUGCACCUGCCUCCCCCGGCCUCGUUGGGCUCACACAAGCCCACGCCGGGGGCAUGGGUGGGGCUGCAGGGAGCCCUGCGGGAUGCCUGCUCCGGCAUCUCUGCCCCUGUCCUGGCUGCGCUGCGGCAGCCGGGGCUGAUUUCCCCUUUGCAGUGUGUCCUGACAGGGUCUUGGAUCAAUGAGCUGGGCUCCAAUAUGACCAUCAGUUCUAUGAGCAAAAAUGGCAAUUUCUCUGGCUUGUACUACACAGCCGUGACAGCCACAAAGGAAAAGAUCAAGGUUUCUCCGCUGCAGGGCUCCCAGCACCAUAAGAACGAGCAGAACCAACCCACCUUUGGUUUCACUGUCAACUGGAGUUUUUCAGACUCCACCACCGUCUUCACGGGCCAGUGCUUCGUGGAAGAGAACGGGAAGGAAAUUCUGAGGACCACGUGGCUCCUGCGACAGGAGGUCCACAACCUGAGGGACGACUGGAAAGCCACCAGUAUCGGCAGUAACGUGUUCACCCGGUUCCAGUGA